CGUGAGGGAGGAAGGCCGGCAGGCAGGCAGGCAGGCAGGCAGGCAGGCAGGCAAGCGGGAGCGCUGCGGGGGAGCCCUUCCUUCCUUCCUUCGGAGAUGGGCGUCCCGAAGCCCAGGCCGGCCUCCCCGCGCUGAGCCGACCCCGAGGGGCCAUGGCCGUGGCCAGCACUUCCAGGGACCCCUUGGGCCCCGAGGUCAGCGACGAGGCCGUCCGGAGCACCUGCGACGACGCCUCCCAGUGCAAGCGGUACGCUGUCAACAUGGGCUACUGGAAGGAUCCUUACAUACAAUAUUUUGUAAGGCAACCGAAAGAAAGGAAGGCACCAGAAAUCAGUCGAGGAUAUUAUGCCCGUGUCGAAGGAGUUGGCCGUUUGCUAAAGGCUUUCUUACAGAGAACCCUGUGCAACUGCCAAAUCAUCAACCUUGGGGCUGGCAUGGACACCCUUUUCUGGAAAUUAAAGGAUGAGGAUCUGCUUCCUGAGAAAUACUUUGAAAUUGACUUUCCAACUAUAGUCACAAGGAAAAUCCACACCAUCAAAUCCAAGCCUGCCCUGUCAAUACCAAUCAUGGAGAGCCAUUCAGGGGAGUCUCUCUUUAUAGAGGGCCACAGCCUGGACUCCACCCACUAUGCCAUCAUUGGCACAGACCUCCGCGAACUUCCGAAGCUAGAGGAAACACUGAAGAAAUACAACCUGGACCCACAGCUACCCACGCUCCUGAUGGCCGAAUGUGUGCUGGUUUACAUGGCCCCCGAACACUCGGACGCUCUCCUCAAAUGGGUAGCCGACGUCUUCCCAACCGCAAUGUUCAUAAACUACGAGCAGGUGAACAUGAGCGACCGCUUUGGACAGAUUAUGAUUGAUAACCUUCAGAGCCGGAGGUGCAGCCUGAUCGGGGUGGAAGCCUGCCUGUCACUAGACACUCAGAAGGAGCGCUUCCUGCAGAACGGCUGGGAGAUGGCACACGCCAUGGACAUGGUGGAAGUCUACAAUGCCCUGCCAUCUGAUGACGUCAAACGGAUCGAGGCCAUUGAAUUCCUGGACGAGAAGGAACUUCUGGAGCAGCUCAUGCAUCACUACUGUCUCUCCUGGGCUGCCAAAGACACCCAGGAUUUGGGUCUCUUGGACAUCACCCUAUAAUGCCUUUUGUGCCACUUGAAGCCGAUGCUCCUCCUUCACUGACAGCACUUUUGGGGAAAAAAACCUACAGUGGGGCCUUUUCAGGUGCAGCCCUCUCACUCACUUCCGCACUGAAACACCCGGCAGCCCCAUUUUUGUGUCUGAACAAAAGGACCGUUUUUUGGUUGGCAGCCGAGGUCCAGAAGAGGCUCUCUUGCAAGGACCUGUAGGAUGUUUUUUCUAGUUUCUCUCUUGUUUCCUUAAGUUAUUAUUGUGAAGUGAAGUGUGAGCAAAAGGAGGAACUGGUGUCCAUGUCUCACUGAAGAGUGGACUGGGAGGAGCAGAAGGGUCCGUUGAGUGGCAUGGCUGCCCCAGGGCAGCCAUGUUGGGUCCAUCCCCCCUCUGUGUGCCUCUGGCCAGCCAUCGCAAGGAAGGACAACCCCAUUCUCCUGCUCUUCACCAUUUGGCGUUGGACCAGGACUCUCCCUCUAUCCUCAACCGCCCUCUCCUCCGGCCUCUCCAUCAGGGGUUAAUAAACAGUGGGUUUUUUGUAA